UGAAAAACAAAAGAAAAACAACAAGGGUCUGGGUGUGUGGUUAGGUGAGGAGACCCUUCUUUACCAACCAUCCCACGCUUUGAGCCAUCAAAGGCAAGUGCUUAACCUCAACUACCGACUCCUCCAACCUCGUCUACGCUUGCUUCUUGUUGAUUGCAGAUUGAGAGAAAAACUUUGAGUUGAGCAGAUGUCAUUGUCUUCUUCCACUUCCAUAAGACAAGCGCAACCCCAUGUCCAUGAUGUCGAAGAUGUCGAUGUCAUCACCUGCAAAGCAGCGGCGGUGGCGUGGGGAGCUGGACAUCCUUUGGUGAUAGAGCAAGUGAAUGUGAGUCCACCUCAGCCCAUGGAGAUAAGGAUCAAAGUUGUCUGCACCUCUCUCUGUCGUAGUGACCUCUCUGCCUGGGAGUCUCAGGCUAUCUUUCCUCGGAUAUUUGGCCAUGAAGCAACGGGGAUUGUCGAGAGUGUUGGGGAGGGAGUGACUGAAUUUACUCAAGGGGACCAUGUGCUAACAGUGUUCAUUGGGGAAUGCGGGAAAUGCAGGCAAUGCGCAUCGGGUAAAACUAACAUCUGUCAUCUCCUGGGGCUUGAAAGGAGAGGCGUAAUGCACUGCGAUCAGAGGACACGCUUCUCUAUAAAUGCCACUGGGGAGCCCGUUUACCAUUAUUGUGCAGUUUCAAGUUUUAGCGAAUAUACUGUGGUGCACUCAGGAUGUGCUGUCAAAAUCAGCUCGUUUGUGCCUCUGGAGAGAGUAUGCCUUCUCAGUUGUGGAGUAGCUGCAGGCUUGGGUGCAGCUUGGAACAUUGCUGAUAUAUCUAAUGGAUCAAGUGUGGUGAUAUUCGGUCUUGGGACAGUAGGCCUUUCUGUUUCACAGGGUGCAAAGCUUAGGGGAGCAUCUCAAAUAAUUGGUGUUGACACUAAUCCUGAAAAGGGUGAAAAUGCUAAAGCUUUUGGAAUUACAGAAUUUAUCAACCCAAAUGACAGCAAAGAACCUAUUCAACAGGUUAUUAAGCAUCUGACAGGCGGUGGAGCAGAUUACUCAUUUGAAUGUAUAGGUGACACUGGGAUGGUAACUACUGCAUUGCAGGCAUGUUGCGAUGGAUGGGGUUUGACAGUUACACUUGGUGUGCCAAAAGUGAAGCCCGAAAUAACAGCUCAUUAUGGAGCAUUUCUUACUGGAAGAACAUUGAAGGGAUCGCUAUUUGGAGGAUGGAAACCUAAAACUGAUCUCCCUUCCUUAGUAGAAAUGUACAUGAAAAAGGAAAUCCAAGUUGAUGAGUACAUAACACAUAACCUGCCGUUUGAAGAUGUGAAUAAAGCUUUCAAUCUCAUGCGAGAAGGCAAGUGUUUGCGUUGUGUCAUCCACAUGGAAAACUAGUUUUCCCUUGUUUUGUCACCUAGAUCCUUUGAUAGAACAAGAUUUGAUUGUUCUAUCCUUGUUCUGAUCAAGUUUUAUCUACUCGUGGAGGAUAAUUAUCUGUGAUUAAUAAUACUUUCCCUUGGAAGUUGGAAGGCUAGCUCAAGUAACUGGCACUCCUUCCUUCCCCCAGCUGUUUAAACUUUAUUGUAAACUGUUCCCUGUUGCAAUAUUAGUGAAUUUUAGUUUUAAAGAAUCCAAUCAA